AUGUCAGUAUCAAGAGUUUUCACCCCAAAAUAUAUUGUACCAAUUGUUGGUGUUGCUGCUGCUUCAUUUGCUGCUUAUCAAUAUUCAACUGCAACUAGAUCAUUUAUUAGUAAUGAAACUGGUAAAACUUUCACUGGUGGAGAUGAAUGGAUUGAUUUAAAAUUAAAAACUACUGAAUCUUUAAAUCAUAAUACCAAACAUUUAUCAUUUGAAUUAAAAAAUCCUGAUGAUGAAAGUGGUUUAAUUACAGCUUCAAUGUUAAUGACAAAAUUUGUAACUCCAAAGGGUAACAAUGUUAUAAGACCAUAUACACCAGUUUCAGAUCCAAAACAAACAGGUACAAUUGAUUUUGUUAUUAAAAAAUAUGAUGGAGGUAAGAUGUCUACUCAUAUUCAUGAUUUAAAAGAAGGUGAUACAUUAUCUUUUAAAGGACCAAUUGUUAAAUGGAAAUGGGAACCAAAUCAAUUCAAAUCAAUUGCAUUAAUUGGUGGUGGUACUGGUAUUACUCCAUUAUAUCAAUUAUUACAUGAAAUUACAACAAAUCCAAUAGAUAAAACAAAAGUUAAUUUAAUUUAUGGUAAUGUUUCACCAGAUGAUAUUUUAAUUAAAGAUAAAAUUGACGAAAUUGCUUCAAAACAUAAAGAUCAAGUUAAAGUUCAUUAUUUUGUAAAUGAUGCUAAAAAUGAUUCCAAGUGGGAUGGUGAAGUUGGUUAUAUUACAAAAGAUUUCUUAAGUAAAGAAUUAGAAAAACCAAAUGCUGAUUUUAAAGUUUUCAUCUGUGGUCCUCCUGCUUUAUAUAAUGCUAUCAGUGGUAAUAAAUUGUCACCAUCUGAUCAAGGUGAAUUAUCUGGUGCUUUAAAAGAAUUAGGUUUUGAAAAAGAACAUGUUUUUAAAUUUUAA